CAAUGGCAGUACAAAUCAUUCACUUUAUUAUUUUUGUAAACUUCUGCCUUCAAGUUUCUUUGUGUAUACAAACGACGCAAACACCUACACAAACUACUAUACGUCCCACGUUUGCACCUUUGUGUCAGUCCAACAGCGACUGCGCCGCAUACUCUGUCUGUGUCCAAGGCCGUUGUCUGUCUCGCAUCUGUUCUAUGUGUGAUGGCAGCGGUUGUCGAGUGGUUGACUGUGGACCCAACGCCGAAUGUGACUUUGUUGACCAGCAGCCCAGAUGUUCGUGUAUUCCUCCCUACGAGUACACUGGCUGUGGUUGUCAAUUGGAUCCUCCUGCCCAGAACUGCACCUCGGCCGAAGAUUGCCCGAUGAAGACAGAUUGCAUUGAUGGCAUCUGUAUUGACAACUGUUACACACUGUUCUGUGCUGGGGACGCUUUAUGCAACACUCAUGAGCAUGAUGCUUAUUGUUACUGUCACCAUGGGUCAUACUAUCAUCCUAGCUAUGGAUGCAUACUUAUAGAAGAGGAAGAAAUAGAUGAGGUUUGAUUGGUAUUGGUCAGAAAUGUAAGUAUCGUGUUGGUCAACUGAAAAUAGUACGCAACAUAUGGAGUUGUAUAGUUUUAUAACAAAGAGUAAUCUUAAAACUAAGAGUCAAUUUAUUUUUUGCCAGAAGUAGGAAUAGCCUACAUAUGGGAAAGCAAAUGGCGUAAAACAUGUACUUUUUAUAAAUUGAAAUAAUAAUUCUAUAACACUGAAUUAAGUUAGAAAUUUCCUUCAAAAUACUGUGCCCCG